UUCUCAAAGAAACUGGAAACCCCAAGGAAGAGAACGAUGAUCGAAUUUGUUAAUAAAAUUUCUCGGACAACUACUACUACGAGGAGGAAGAGGACAUUUUCUUAUUCCUUGCUUUUAUUUUAUUUCUUCUUGACGUAUUCUACUACCGCGGAAUACGAUUCGAGUGAUGUGGGAAGUAUAUCGAACGAUAGAACGCAGGACAACGAUUUUCGUUCGUGUACUGAAGGAAAAUGUAUAAAAAGGACUACGCAAGAGAUGAGCAGUGGGAUGUGGUUUGGUCCACGAUUAGGUAAACGUCAAAAGUUUGAAAAUCAAAGGGAAAUGAUGAUGGAUGCUGAAUUGGAUGGAUUGGUCAACGUUAACAAUGCUUUGGACAAUUCCCGUUUGGAUAUUUUUGGUUUGCAAGGCAACAAAAAAAGGAUUACUGGAGUAAAAUUAAACCGUGAGGAAGAUGUAGGAGGAAACGAUUACGACGAGGAUCGUAUUAUUUCGAAAUUGAUCAUUUCUGAAGAUCCACGAAACAACGAGGAUGAUUCAUUCCCGAAGAAAUCAUUUUAUUUGCCAAACAAUCGUGGAAAUGGUCGAAUAAUAAUACCAUGGACGAUUUCUUCCCGAUUAUCACCACCGUUCACCUCCCAUCGAUCAUCGCGUCGCCUUUCAACGAUGUUUUAAAAUUAAUAAUCUCACCCCAUAUAAUACAAAGUAUUUCUUUUUCUAAAAAUUAAUCGAUUAAA